AUGGCUGCAAUAUCAGCAGCAAUCUCCGGCUGCUGCUCUUCGUCCUGUCUGUCCCAGUCCCAGCGGGGCCUCCCGUCCCCCGCAAGGAGAAGGCACUUCAAGGUCACAGCCAUGGCUCCCAAGAACAAGGUGAACAAGUACGACGAUGGGUGGUCCAAGCAGUGGUUCGGCGCGGGGAUCUUCGCGGAGGGGAGCGAGGAGGCGUCGGUGGACGUGUUCAAGAAGCUUGAGAAGCGCAAGGUGCUGAGCAGCGUGGAGAAGGCGGGCCUGCUGUCCAAGGCGGAGGAGCUCGGCGUCACGCUCUCCUCGCUGGAGAAGCUCGGACUGCUCUCCAAGGCCGAGGACCUGGGACUCCUCAGCCUCGUCGAGAGCGCAGCCACGGUGUCCCCGGCUGUGCUCGCAUCGCUGUCGCUACCGCUGGUCGUCGCCUCCAUCGCCACGGUUGUCUUCGUGCCGGACGACUCCACCCUGCUCGUGACGGCCCAGACGGUCGUCGCUACGUUGUUCGCGGCCGUCGCUGCAGGGCUGUUCGUUGGCUCCGUCGUGCUCGACGGCCUGCAGGACGAUUAG